AUGGUAGCACACAUGAUGUUUACAACAGCAUUCCAGCUAACUGUGAGUCUGGGUCCUGAGGACUGGAAACCACAAAACUGGGACUACAGCUGGUCUUAUAUCUUGGCUUGGAGCUCAUUCACUGCCUGCAUGGCCUCCUCUGUAACAACCAUAAACAGAUACACAAAGACUAUCAUGGAGUUCAAACACAAGAGAAAGAACAUCGAGAAAAACCUGAAGAUCAAGCAGAAGUUGCUGGACCUGGAAUCUCCAGAGCAGGUGUGGGACAUGUACAUCAGCUCUGUGCCCAGUUCAGCUGAGGAGUUUCUGGACCUGUCCAGUUCUGGACGCAAAUUGUCCACCAAUUCAGUCUUCCUAGACCUCAAUGACCUGCCAUCUCCACAAGGAGAGGAAUACUGUUAAGGCCAAUCCAAUAGACUUGAAGAAACAAAGCAUACAGCUUAAUCACUUUCACUUUGUGUGUGUGUGUGUGUGUGUGCGUGCGUGCGUGCGUGCGUGCGUGCGUGCGUGCGUGUGUCUUUCAUGUAGAUUGAAACCGGCCUCACGCUAGAGUAGUUUGACAAAGCAUUCAUUUAAGGCGAUGCGUUAAGAUUUCAUAACUCUGCCAUUUGGCAAAAUGUUCUGUUUGAUGUCCUCUGUUGUUUGAAGGUGUUGCUGUAUGUUUUAGUUUGUUGUUAUUGUGCUGAAACUGCUGAUAUAAACGUUUUUGAAGCUAAAACUGUGAUGGAUAAAUUAAAUGAUUUUCUGAACCCCAGAGAGUCAAAUGUAAUAUAUUUUAUAUGAAAGUAACUGUUUAAAUGACAUUAGAAACAUACACAUACUGUUAGACUGACAAAAUGGUGUAUUCAAUAAAAAUGUGAAAUGUGAAAAUUGAAACAUUACUGUGAACCUGAGGGUAUCUUAAAUGCAUCCAAUUCUAUCUGUUAUAUUGAGAAAAAAAUGCAUUGCUAAGGUUCUUUAACCACCAUUUUUUUCAGUAGACAAAUAUACAGUAAUCAAAUAUUAAACAUCAACUAGAGUAUAUGGGAUAUGUUGAUGUUCCCAUUUUGGGGACAGUUUUUGUGUUCCUUUAUUUUGCUUGGUUAUGUUCAGUUAGCAUAAUAAUAUUAAAAUUUAUAGAUCUGUGUCACUAUGUAUUUGGUAAGGUUCAAGUUAAAAUUAAAGAAAGUUCAUUUAAUUUUUAAAUAAGCUAGCAGCAUGCAAAAAAUAGAAUAAGAAUGUGAAAUACAGAAUUCCAAAGUGUUAUGAACACUAAGAAGGGUGGUACUGUGUCAUUUAUACUAUGGAAAAACUAAAUUAGUUCUUCAUAAUUUCCUAAUUUAUGUAUAUUUGACGUCAAUUACAGAAAAUACAUGUGUAUCAAUGUGUUGAUUAACGUAUUAACUGCCUAUGAGUCUUUGUACUGCCAAAAUGAAGUGUUAACAUUGUUUAUGUGCAAUAAAACUGGGAGGAUUAAAAUGUUUUUUUUACAGCAAUGUACAAGCAGCGUACAGUUACAUAAUGAAAAAGUCCUUUAAACAAUAUUGUAUAUUGAUGACUUAUUUCAUUUGUCGAUUAUUUUGUAUUCCUUCAAAAGUGGGCUAAUUGUUGGAUUUGUUGGUUAUUUAGUGUUUUCUUUUAGCUUUGUGGAUGAAAUGUGGUUUGAGUUGAAAAGGUACCAGAUUUUUUUUAUUGAU